AUGCGGCGAGUACAUCAGGAGGGGCUCUUUUCGAGGGAUCGUGAACGCUUUCCGCGCGUAAAGUCGGAUUUUGACUUUCCGCACAAAUUCGGCUCCCCUCCUCGAGAGUCUUUUCGUCGUCUUUUAAGUCUCUCUUUUUGGGAAGAAUUCAUUUUUUUCUCACAAAUUUCCUCUAAAAUAUUCUCUAAACAGAUUGGUAAAACUGCGAUCACGCUCCCCCCGCCGAAGGAAAUCGCGAAAUACGUGUGCUUCAUCCUGACCUUAUGGGCGGUCGUCGCCGGUUUGUUUGGCGCGUUGUUAUCCAUCGCGGUGCAAAUGCGAAGAUAUAAGUACCGGUCUUUACCGCAAAAAUUUAUCGGCAACUUUCGAUACGGCGAUAGUUCCAGGAUGACGUACCCGACGAGUCAGCGCGGGUUGUAUCCGUGGGUCGCGAAAGCCUGUGCAUUGACGACGACGUCGAACCCGAAUAGCUUUGUGAAUAAUGAUGUUACGGUGUGGCCGACGUGCGUGCCGUCGGCGGCGGACAAUAACGCGAUCGAGUUUGAAGUCGUCGCGACGUGCGGUACGGCUUGUUUAAAUCCGUAA